CAACAACAACAAUUUAAUUUUAAACAAAAACAACGAAAAAGGAAACAACAAAAGAAUGGCAGAAUCUGCCUCGAGUGCCUCCUCCUCUUUAGAAGGAAAAAUUGGAACAACAAUUGUACAAAGAGCCCCAAGCAGUCCAGCAAUUUCUGGACGUAUUCCAAUUCCCCUUCAACCAAAUUAUCCAAAAGCAAGAGGCCUUGUUGGAGGGGGAAUAAUUGGUGGAGGUGGAAGCAGAAAAUGAAUAAAUUGGAGAGAAAGGAGAUUUGGGAAUAUUUUAAGGUGAAAAU